AGUUAAAUCUACAAAACGCCAAAACUGCCCUGUCACAUUGUAUGCUGUUUUGGAUGAGAAAGCUGAAGCUUGGGUAGUACAAUCUUCUAAAAAUCAACAUAACCAUGAACUUCUCUCACAAUCACAAUCAGUUGCUGAUGCAAUAUAUUGGAAACAUGGUACAGUAUAUACAAAAGAUAUUGUUAAUAAACGUGGUAGAAUUAAAAAUGCUUUGAAUAAAGGCUCAAAUUGUGAUACAACUAUGCAACUUAUGCAAAUGUUAGAAGAGCGUCAAUCCCAAGCUCUUAGAAAAGCAGUAAAUAUAGUUUUUUCAGAAGCAAAAAAAAUGGUCUGCAUUUGGCAUAUGCUUGUACAAAAUCUAAGAACUGCAUGCAGAAAGUUUUUUGACAAUAAAGAUGAUUAUAACAAGCUAUUAUUAUUAAUUCAAAAAGUCGCUUAUGCAGAAGAGAUGAGUAUAGUCGAAAAAGCAUUUGACAAAGUAAAAGAAGCAACAAUGAAAAGUAGAGAUCCUAACUAUAUCCUGGCUUACUUUGAAGAAUAG